AUGGACCCAGAUGGCUUCGUUCAGAAGAAGAAUGGCCAGAGCGGCGUGAGAACAUCCCAGAACUAUCGGACAGAAGAGAAAAGAAGAUCUCUAUUUGCCGAAGGUUGUCGUCGCAAUAAACAUAGGGGCGGUCUCAUCGUCAGUGAGCCGAAUAAGGCAGAAAUCGCGAGGAUAGUCCAACAUGAGUCCUUUAUCCAGGAAGUUCACAGUCUCAAAAAGAGGAGUGCUAUCAAGGGGAAUAGCAAGUUGAUCGCACUGGACCCAUUCAUAGAUAAGCAGGACCUAAUCCGAGUAGGAGGUCGUUUACGGCAUGCUGACUUACCGGAAGAAACAAAGCACCCUAUCAUACUGCCGUCGCAACAUCACAUAACUAAUCUGAUAUUGAAGGAAGAGCAUUUGAGGCUACAUCAUUGCGGAGUCGAGCAACUGUUAGCAUCAAGCAGAAGAAAGUAUUGGAUUCUAGCCGGCAGAAGAGAAGCUCGAAGAGCAGUCCGCUCAUGCCUAAAUUGCUUUAGAACGCGUCCUCCCAACUUGUCUGUGAAGAUGGGGGACUUGCCCAAGGAAAGGGGAGAGCCGUCGCAGAGGGCGUUCAAGGCUUACAUUGCCUUAUUUAUUUGUCUCAACACAAGAGGUAUUCAUCUCGAGUUAGUCACGGAUCUGACGACAGAAGCGUUUUUGGCAGCUCUUCGUCGUUUUACCGGAAGGAGAGGAAUUUGUUCCUGUCUGAUAUACGAUAAUGGCACCAAUUUUGUAGGUGCCUCUCGAGAACUUAAGAAAUUAUACGCAUUUUUAAAGGAAAAGGAAGAUACAAUACAAACACUGUUGGCGAAGCAAAAAAUAGAGUGGAGCUUUAUUCCUCCGAGAGCCCCAAACUUCGGGGGUUCAUACAUGGGAGUCUGCAGUCAAAAUAGUAAAAAGCCCGUACAAGGGAAUUAUGUUGAUGUUUCUGAUAAGUAUCUAAGUCAUUGGCAACACCUUCAAAAGAUGCGGCAAGAUUUCUGGAGGCGCUGGCAGACCGAAUAUUUGACAGAGCAGCAACGUCGGAGUAAAUGGUUUCGUGGAACUACAGCCUUGACUAAGGGAACUCUGGUACUCCUUAAGGACGAGCGUCUGCCUCCUCUCCAGUGGCAUGUAGGAAGAAUUACGGAGGAGCACCCCGUAGCCGAUGGCGUAACUAGGGUGGUCACGGUCAGAACGGCACAAGGCCAGUUUAAGCGAGCAUCACGCAGCUUAUGUCCCCUGCCUAUGGAGGAUGACCUCCUUACACCAAGAAGCAAUUGA